GCGUGGAGAGAGCGAAAUGAGUCCCGAUUCCGUUCCUGUGUCUCCUGGUGAGCCUGACCCGCUGCCCCAGUUAAAAAGGCCUACAGGGGUUGCCGACAUUAGGGAGGAUAGCAAUGUAGGACCUGAUUCCGCAGAUCCAGGUACAUCUACUAUUGACAAUGUAUCUUUUAGAUGGUAUACAAAAGAAUUUGUGCAUCCUCUAAUCAUCUCUGUACAUCUUGCUUCUUCAGAUAACUUGCAGGAGGCAUACGUGGAUUUUGGGAAUAAAGAGGCUAACGCAUCCAUAAGGGAUUUCUCUAUUGAUGAUUUUGACGAGGAAGGCUUGAUCGCGGAGACUCCUACACUCCACUUCAUGUAUAGCUCUCCUCAAUUUGAUGGCCAGUUACCCGGAGAUAUAUUUUCCGAGCCUACGUUCGAUAAGAAUCUUGAGGAUGAUUCUUUCGAAGGAGUUUUUGUUGAGAAUGACCCUGUUGAGCCGGCUAUGGGACCAACUACACCAGUUGAUACACCCCCAGCCGUUACACCUCCACCACCCCCAGUGACUCAAGAGGGUAUGAAUACUAUUUAUUUACUCUUCAAGGUCUUUUUCUGACGGUUUUAUCUU